GCUUAAGUCAGAAUUUUUUUGAAUAGUUAUGGAUGAUGAGGAGGCAUACUCGACGACUCUGCUCUAUUUCUACAAUCGAAUGUGGGAGCUCUGGGAUAGUAUUGGAGUGCAUUUCACCACCUACAUUGAGCGAGGUCAGAACGAAUACUUUGCGGGCUUUGUCAGUCUGCAGUGGCUAGCACCGCAAUCUCAAGAGGAUGAGGAUGAGGAUGAAGAGGCAGAGGAGCAGUUGGACUUGGAGACGUAUGAAGAUGAGCAGUUGACAUAUCAUUGGCUGCACAUGUCGUGCAUAUUUCGUGCCUCCCAUUUCAGUAACUAAAUGCCAAAUUGAAAUUCCAUUUCGCGUUUCUCCAAAAACAAAAAAGAAUUGUUAAAGUUUUCUAUUGCUUUACCUACACCAAUGUCAAUGUCUAUACUCUAUGUGUGUGUAUGUGUGACAUCUUGGCAACGCUUCAACGAAACGUUUUUGGCAACGUGGCCAGCAAAUGAUAAGCCCAGGCAAAGAAGAGCCAAGCCCUGUCACGGCUCACUGGCUAAAAUAAAAAUUGAACAGAAUUGAAACCAGCCAGAGAAAAAAAGAGAGAAAGAGUGAAUUUCACGAGUGUAAUUGAAAUGCAAUGCUAUGUGAAAUGUGAAAUGUGAAAUGGUGUGCCAAAUGGCAAAUGCUGCGCUGAAAGGACUUCUUCACCUUCCCCAACUAUCGAAAGGAUUGCAGCGCAAAAUUGCUGGAAAGACUUGAAGCUGGUCGUUUGAAUAUCAUUUUCGGGCUGGACAUUGAAAUUGCAGCAUUUGCUCACAAUUUGCACUGUGAAUGCGAAAAUACUUCGAGCCUACUUAUGUACAUAUAAAAGUAAUGUUUAUAUUAUCAGUUAAGAACUUUUUGUAAGUAUCGUAUGCAGCGAAGAAAUAUAUAUAAAUUUAUCAGUAGUCUGAACUUGU